AUGGUUGGUGAAACUGCAGAAGGCACAGAAGGACGACCAACAACACAAGAUCAUUCCACGGCAGCCGGCAAAACCAUCGCACAACCAGAGGAUGAAGCCAACGGACAAACAGAGAAAGAAACUGAUCUUCUCGAGAGGCAUCUCCGGAAAAAUGGACACCUAUCAGGUAACAACCCCCGUUUCAGCUCUUUCAAAGAGGCCCUUGCCUCACCCUUCCCUUCAGAAGAUAUCACUACUCUCUUUCCUCCUGGGACUGUUACUACUAACCCCCUCAGUGAGGAAGUAGACGAUCCUUCUGCACCCUUAGAUGACUGUGAGCUUCCUUGCAUCACCUUUUCUCAGGAAGAACUAACUCGCAUUCGCGAUCCUUGGAAUCAGUCACUUAUUGUUAAACUUAUGGGUCGCAAUGUGAGUUAUAGUCUUCUCAUGAAUAGAAUCAACUCACUUUGGAAACCUUCUGGUCCUAUCCAUGGGAUUGACUUAGGUAACCACUACUAUCUCAUUAAAUUCCACCUGGAGUCUGAUCUUCACAAAGUUCUCAACGAUGGUCCAUGGUUUAUUGGUGUAAAUUUUCUGGCAUUACAAAAAUGGGAGCCUGAAUUUCACACAAACAGAGCUAUUAUGUCCACCACAGUCAUCUGGGCUCGACUCCAAGGCCUACCUAUAGAGUAUUAUGACAGAAGUACUCUGAAAAGAUUGGGUAAUCUGCUUGGUACACUCCUUAAAAUCGAUGUUCAUACAGAAAAUGGCAAUAGGGGAAGGUUUGCUAGACUCUGUAUUCAAAUGGACUUAUCCAAGCCUCUUAUCUCCAAGAUUAAAGUGGGUUCUUUUAUCCAAAAAGUGUCUUAUGAAGGAAUUACCUCCGUAUGUUUUGAUUGUGGUCGUAUGGGCCAUAAAAGGGGUGAUUGCAAACUUCCCAACUCUACAUCCACAUCAGCCCCAAUUACCGUUCACACUCCCCAUGAACAAGAUGAUGAUUAA